AUGUUCACCACAAUGGGCCUCCCUCCAGUCUUCCCCGGCUUUGCCAGCCACUCGCCCUCCAGCCUAUCCUCCCCUUCAGCCCACCGACCAGCCAUCUCCUCGCCCUUGUCAUCCAGCCCCAUCCGCGCAACAACGCCGCCGCCGCUGUCCGCACGCGACGCCAAUGCGCGGAGGGAAACCCAGUCCUCACCGAUAUCCGCGUCAUGGUCGUCGUCGCCAGGCACCACAAAGCCCGUUAGCAGGUUUGCGGCGCGCCCCACGCGGCCGAACCCAGUGGUUAGCCAGAAGCGCGAGGCGGCGCAGGAGAGCAGGCGCAAGUUAUUCCUCAAGAAUGUUAGGCAGAGGGCGGAGGAUCAGAGGUGGGAGAGGCGGGGCGGCGAGCAGGAGCUCCUCAAACUUGAGUGGAUCUCCCUGAACAAGGACCUGCAGCAGGCAAAGAACGCCGACCUCGAUGGGCAUGUGUUCGAAUCGGACAUUGAGGAGGCCUCGCGACUACGUGAGGAGGAAGAAGCCGCCGCCGCCGCCUCCGGCUCAUCAGCGGCUGCGCCAUGGGGUCAAGCAGGACAGAGCAAUGCCAACGUGGACCAGAUGAUGGUGGACACUUUGGAACGAGAGCAACGAGCCGAGAUCGAGGAAUACGAGGCCAUGGUGGCGGCAAUGCAGAACGGCGCUCCUGACGGACAUCAGUGGGGCGAGCAUGAUGAACGACAGCCGCCGGAUUCGCCCCAACUGUCUGACGACGACGAUGACUACGACGCGCUAUUCAUGGACUACCUAUCUCAGGAGCAGCAGAGUGCAGCACCGGCGCCUAUUUCUUCGGGAGAGAUGGAUUUAUCAUGA